UUGUUACAUUACUCCUAGUCUAUCCAAUAAAAUGGGAUGAGACAAACUUAAAUUCUAAAUAUAGUAGGCCUACAUGUUGAUAAAAAUAACUGUAUAGGAACAUGUGUUCGACUUUUGGAAUGUCAUUGAAACAUCUGCAAAAUCUAUGCUUUACUGGAAAAUCCAUAAUGGCGUCGAUUUCAAAAUAUAGUACAAAGGCCAUGAGAACCGAACAAUUACUCCUUUCAGUAGGAACGAAGGGAAAUGUUUUCUACGAGAAAGACGAUAAUACAGGAAUCGCAAAAAUUACUUUGUCAAAUCCUGAAAUUCGUAACGCUUUAAGCGGUAGUAUGAUGAUUGAAUUAAAAGAAAUAGUUCGUGAUUUGGAAGAGUGGAAAGAGGGUCGAAUUUGCAUUCUACAGGGCGAAGGAGGGAAUUUCUGUUCUGGAGGAGACCUGAAUCUGAUAAAAAAGCUAGCUGACUAUGAAGAUGGUGGAGAACGAAUGUGUGCCUAUAUGCAUGACGUAGUCAGAAGAAUGAGGAAACUUCCGCUACUAUCGAUUGCUUAUAUCAAUGGUUUGGCGCUUGGGGGCGGAGCCGAAUUGACCUUGGCGUGUGAUUUAAGAGUAGCUUCGGACAGAGCAAAAAUUGGUUUUGUUCAAGGAGUUAUGGGAUUGACACCUGGCUGGGGAGCAGCCGAUCGUUUAAUACAAGUCUUAGGUUAUCAGAGAUCCUUGGAAGUAUUGUUGGCGGCGCGUAUAUUGGAAACCGAUAGGGCGUUAGGGUUAAAACUAAUCGAUCACGUAGCCACCACCGACGACGAGUUUCAAGAAUAUCUAAAACAAUACCUAGACAAUAGAAUAAACGUCCAAGUGUUUAGGGAAAUGAAGACUUUAUUGUAUAAUUUAAACGAACAAACUCUUAAUUAUCAGCUGCAAAGAGAAUCGUUUAAGAAUGUUUGGGGUGGUGAAGCGUUAAUGAAAGCAAUAGCAACUAGACCAAAACAUAAGUAAUUUAUUAUAAAAUAAUAUGUCUCCAUUUCGUCUUAAUUUUCAAGAUUUUCUAUAUUAAAAUAAAUAAUACUGACGUUCGUUCAGUUAAUUAUUCACCUAUUAGAAAACUAAAUUAGGUUUCUUUUUCUACUUUUUCAUAAGAAUUCAAUUACAUUUAGA